AUUUCUGUUCACAUUCGAUAACAUCAUUCGAGUAUGUUGGGGAUGAGGGAUCUUACGGUUUUUGCGCUGGUCUUAGUGGCGUGCUGUGCGGCGGAUGAUGACGAUAAUGGAAGUAGAGACAAGAGAAGCUUCUUUUUCGGCGGAUGCCGUCAGCGGUGUGGAGAUCUGGCUCAUUGUGACACACGUACUAGGCGUUGUGUGUGCAACAGUGGCUGCACCGGAAGUCCCCUGUCUGGUUGCCGUUACAACGUCGUGCAUCACUGCGGAAUAAUGGCCCACUGGGACACAUUGCGCAGGACUUGCAUCUGUAAUACGGGCUGUGGGGGAAACCCUUGGGAGUCAUGCCAUUUAAUCAUCGUUGCACGUCCACCCUACCAUGCAUCACCAUUUCGACCGAUACCAGUGUUCCACCCAGUGGUCCAUAGAGGUGGUAGCAGCAGCAGCAGCAGCAGUAGUCACAGUCAUAGCGGUAGUCACAGUCACAGCGGUAGUCACAGCGGCAGUCACAGCAAACACAAGCACAGACAUUCUCAUCACAGCAGUAGCAAAAGUGGAGGAAGUAGAAGUAGCAAAAGUGGAGGAAGUAAAAGUAGCAGAAGUGCAGGAAGUAGAAGUAGCAGAAGUGCAGAGAUCACUGAGGAGUUAUACCACUAAAGGUACAAUGCAACAUGUCCCAUCUUUGAGUGAUGUCACGAUUUCAGCUAUGUUCGUUGUUACAAGGUUAUCUAUAUGAUAAUAGCACAACUGUAUUAAAAUAAAA